AUUCAGCUGUUCCCAAGGAAUAUUUCAAGAUGGCCGCAUUUCGUAUUCGACAGUUGCAUUGGUCGGUACCACGGUGAUUCUUCGGUGAAUCAUUCGGAAAGUGAAUCGAGAAAUCCAUCUUUGGGAAAUUACUCUUGCGAAAUAACCUAUCAAGGAUGGCUGAUCCAGAAUUAGAGGCGAUCCGUCAACAGCGGUUAGCCCAGUUACAAUCACAGUACAAAGGUGGAGAUGGCCAGAAUCAACAUGCAGCCGAAGAGAAACGACAGCAAAUACAAGAGAUGAGGCACUCUAUUCUGACACAAGUACUCGAUCAAUCUGCAAGAGCCAGAUUAAACACGUUAUUGUUGGGAAAACCAGAAAAAGGAAGAAUGGUGGAAGAAUUAAUUCUCAACAUGGCUCAGCGUGGACAGCUACCAGGAAAACUAGGGGAACAAGAACUCAUUGGACUCUUGGAAAGCGUGAACCAGCAAACACGAAAAACAACAACAGUGAAGUUUGACAGGCGCAGAGCAGCCUUGGAUUCUGAUGACGACCUAUAGCCUUUCAAAUACAGCCUGUCUUUACAAAUCUUAUCAUUCUUGGCAUGUCAAGUCGGACAAGUGUCAGGUAUCAAAUUUUAAAAACACUCGCUAAUCGAAAUAGGGGGUAUGAAUAUCUCUAUUUACUCUAAGCAGCAAGACUUUUUACUCAUUAUUCGAAUAAAAAAAAUUAAAAUAAUAAA